AUGACAUCAAUGAACAACUACCAGAUUGAUCGCGGAUCAAGAUCAGCUCGUGUCCAACCUAGGAGUACUAACAGCGUUCACGAUGAAGAAUCACCAUUUGAGGUCUUGGAACUUUCUGAAGAGGAAUUUGAACUGGAUUUCCACAGAUUGAAGUCUUUUAAUGAUGUGCGGAUUAUCAAUAACCCAGAAAUUUCGCCGAUAUGUACGAAUAACACCAUUAGUUGCAAUGAGACACUGGAGUCCGCAAGUAGCGCUUUCGAGGUUCCUUCUGAUGAGAUUGCAAUACUGUCUAUAUCUAGUAGCAGCAGUAAAAAUUCGCUGCCGUCAGAGCAACCAGGUCUCAGUCUUCGUAACAUUCAAUCAUCAACUAACUCUGACAGAAUAGAUGAGUGGUGUUUAGGAAGCCACUUUUUUAAUGGGCUGCGUCAGAAUGGCCCACAAUCAAAUAGCGAUACCAAUCAUGGAUCACUUAUUUCUUCUAUUAUGGAAAGGGAACUUUAUACUUCUGCGAAGUUAAAGCAGCUUACAAACACUCAAAGAAUUAGCGUGCGGCAAUUAUCACGAGACUUGUAUCCUAUUUUGAGAACCUGUUACCGUGAGAAAGCCUGCCGACAGUUAUUAACAUGUCGCCAGGAAAAAAUAUACGAUGAUAUACCAUCUCUUUUUCCGCAGCGUGAUUUCAUUUUCAACUAUUAUUCGUUACCUUUCGAGUUUGAUAGACUCUCAGAUGUUGAUAUAGAAUCACCAUCGCCUACACGGUUCACCGAUGACAACAUACGAGAAUUGUCAAACCGCUCAUCAAGCACAGCUUCUUCGUCGUUGGAGAAUACGUCUUGGUUUGGCUGGACUUUUCUUUCUAGAUUCAUAGACAGGGAAUGGUAG